AUGACAAGCAACCGAUCGGCACUACAAGUCAUCCGCCGACCACGGCCAACUAUCGGGCCAGUGCACCAUACGUCGGAUAUACGAAGAAGGUGCUCUGUUUCCCUAAUGUGGGUGCCGGCGGGGGAUCAAGAUUUUGUACUUGGAUUGCUCGCCAAGGCGGCAGCGAAGAAAGCGGCAAUGUGCGGGGAGGCACUGGAUAAACAAUCAUACCAAGCGAGAUCGACACAGCUACAACUGACCAAACUGGACCAACAGCAACUAAGAGAGCUCCCGGAGGGAGUUGGGAAGUCCUCGAAACGAAUUGAUGAUGCCCUUCCGGGUAAACACACACGAGAAUUGUACGACCAGCUGGAAAGAAGACAAUCGGAUACUCUGGUGCAACUACGUACCGGCAUGACGAGACUUAUGCGAAUGUGGCCAAGCAGCCGAAACAGUAGAGCAGUUUCUAUUUCGAUGUGGGCCGUAAUACAAGCAUUGCGAGAACAGCAUAUCGACCCAAAGGCAAUCGUUGAACUGCCAUAUCAGCCCGUGCAGGUCUUUCUUCAAUGCCAAAUGCGAAGGUGUUUCGCCAUGCUCUGCCCUGGCAUUUGGUUGGCAGGAGCUCCGGCCGGGAUGCCGUGGAUCAUCCUUUAUUCGGGCGGGAGUGUGUCAACGGAAUUGGUCCCCAAGGCUCCAAGGCUACCACAAUGGACAGUCUCAACCGGGAGCUGCCUGUCCCCUCUUCCUGACGCAGUGGCUGCAGCUAUCACCCAGAGAGUGUUCCGAGACAUCAAAUAG